GGUCCUGCCACCGUCGAAAGGCUGGCUAGUUAACCACGGCGUUUCAGUCAAGCUCCAGCAUCCGUUCACUGAGGCGGCCCGAUGCUGCCAGGCUCUGCGUUAAAAAUCCCCGAGACGAGCAGCGCGUUCGGUCGGUUGUCUGUGUGUGUCAGUGGGUGAACAGUGCGUAUGAGCGAUUUUCGGUGGCACCAAAAGGGGGCCCAAAACGAACCGGUGGACCUUAAAGUUGCUGGGUAAACAACCAAAAGUCGGUUACGCGUGGCGAGUACCGGGUUACGGAUUGAACAAACAAGGCCAAGAGCGAAUGGAAAGUGCACAAGCUGGAAGGAAAAAUCCUUAAGAACUGCCUGAAGUAAUUCAGAAAAACCUUUGCCAAAAUAAGCAUCAACAUCAACCGGAAAUCAACUAAAUUGUCGUCACUCCAAUCAAGUGGAAAUUUGAUUAAAAAAUAGGAGAGCGGGAAGGCCGAAGGAAAAGAACUGAAGGGAGAAAAGAGGAAAAUUUGAUAAAUUCGACAGAAGGCAAUAGACGAGCGCGGAAGGAAAAUAGAGUGCGGGUCUAUCAAAAGGUAGCACCGAAGGAAAUCAACACGCACGCACAUGAACGAGUUUGUUGCACGGGCACGGCAAAACAUUAAAAAUCAGCGGAGCGUAAAACUUACACAAAGCUCGGAAAAAAAAGAAAUCCAGAAUCCCACGUGGACAAAAGAGAACGAAAAAAAACACAAAGCUGCACUAAAAAUAAAAAUAUAAACACAAAUACAACAGAGUAACGAAGUGAAAGAACAAUUUUUAGUGGAGAAAAAAUUAAAAGAUUUCACUAAGCCAGAAGAAAAAGAACGGGGAAAGGCGAACAACAAGGACGAACCAGCUGACGGCCAGGACAUAUAAACGUCUUUCCUCUCCUUUGGGCUAGAGCACGAAAUUAAGUGCAGAUUAUCAGAAGAUUAUAUUUUAAUAGCAUUUCAAGCUGUUUCCUUUUGGCCAACAAAGGCGAGACAGGACCUCCCAGGACUCCCCAAGCAGAAGGCUGACCCCAGAGAACGCGUGUGUGUGUGCCAGAAGUACGGCUUAUUGCAUGAUUACCGCCAAGGAUUUUUUUCGGGCCUCCGUUUUUAGGAUUCUGUGCCCGGGAAUAGCUGAGCAAACAUAUAAGCGUGCCAGAAAUUGAAAUUAAAGAUGGAAUUAAGUGCCGCGAGUGUGUGUGUGUUGGCUCAAUAAAUUGUAUGUGCUAGUGCCAGUGAGUGUGUCUGUACACUAAAAAACCAAAUAUCAAGUAUACGCCGUGCGGUCCAGCCUUGAGAAAGCUACGGAGAACAGCAACAGAAUUAACCCGGCGGAGAAAGGAGAAAUUCAGAGGAGUACGAAAGAACUGGAGAACUGGAGCGUGAGGUCAAAACUAAACAGGAGACUCGCAAUCCCUCGAAGUCAAAUACAACUAAUUUUGCAGUCCUUUUCGCUCAAGACAAAGGACAAAAACCCGAUUUCGAGUUAUUAUAGACAAACAACCGGCGGCGACUAAGCCAAGUCUAUUAACAGGGCAAACAAAGUAAGCUGACUCUUCAGAAAGGAACCAGAGAAAGGCACAAGAAUGUGAGCAGUGUGCAAAAAAAAAGAAAGAUAUUCGGAAAGGCUGGCAAUGAGAGGGCCAAGACGACAGGGGGCUCGGGCCAGAAUCGAAACAGUUAGCUGGCAAAUCGGAUUGCGAAUCAGCCGUAUUGACACAAGGAAAUCGUUAGCCGGCUUAGCCAGCAAGAGGCCAAAUUUAAAAUUAAAAAUAUAGCAAGCCAGUUCGGGGAAUCAAAGUGAUAUGCUAAUGCCCGAGUCGCGGCGGAGUGUGGCAUGAAUAUUUCAUGAGCAGAGCGAUGACAAUAAGCCGGCUCCGGGAAUAAACGAAGAGCAGUAGAGUGAAACCAGGACGAUGACGGAGCUAAGACGAGCUAAUGGCCUGCACAAGCAGCACUCCUUGAGGGAUCGACAGGUGCAUCCCAUGCUGCACUCUCUGGCGGAUCACGGUUGCAACCUGAGCAGCGGUGGCAACAGUGCGGCCAGCACCACCAGCAGCAGCACGGCCACGGCAACCACGGCACUGGGUGGUGCCCUAAAUGGUGGUGCCGCCAUCACCUCUCAGCGGAGCGUCGAGUUCGACGAACACGACAUCUUCUACGUCUCGCCGUCAAAGCGAAAAGGAGCCACAUCAGGUUCUGCGGGUAAUGUGGUGACCUUCUCGAAUUUUGUAAGUGAACAGCGGCUCACGCCCUCCUCGUCGAAUCGCGGAUCCCUGAAGCGGAGCAAGGGGCGCUCCAAUCAGUCCCUGUGCAGCUGCGAUGCCGGCGACGAGGCCCAGCUGGAUUUGCAACCGAAUGCGGCAAGGCCGCUGUUCGAGUACAGUCUGGAACGAAAGCGUAAGACGCACACCUACUCCUGCGAGCAGAACGCACAGAUACUCAUGAGACUGGAGCGCGAGCGUAAUCGUAAAUUAUCACUGACUGGCAUGGAAACCGGAUUGGGAAUCGGACUGGGUUUGGGAAUGGGUGGAGCAAGUGCGGCGCCAGGAGCUGCUGGAGACCCCCAGAGUGACACGCCCAGCUUGUCGGAUGUGGAUGUUAUACCGCCUGUGCCGCCGCCGCCGUCGAUGAAACGCAACGGCAGCAUGCGCAGCAUGCGAUUGUUGCAACAUCUGCAGCAGCAGCAGCAGCAGCAGCAGCACAGCAGCAACAACAAUCACUUGUCGCAGCUGUGCAGCAGUGAUCUACUGCAGGAUUGCACCAAAACGGCACUGGACGAGUGCACUGCCACAUUGCUCAAGUGCACCACAACCAGCAAUCACAGCAGCAGCAUCAGCAACCACUCGAGCAACAACAUUACACACAACAACAACAACAACAAUCAGGUGAAGCCGGACCUUUGCCAACCGCCCGGCCAUGCCCACAAUCAUAGGCACAAGCUGCCUAACAAUGCCACGCCCUCAAAUACCAACCCGCCCCCGCCUCCAUUUGCCGCCCACGAGGAGGACGAGAUAUUCUCGCCGCACUCGAAGAAAUCGGACCCCAGCCUGUGCUACCUGCCAGGCGGCAAUGGUAAUGCAUCCUCGAAAUACAAUACCAUUGGGCCGAGCAGCGAUUAUGCCCGACAUUUGGCCCACUACAGUCGCUACCUGCAGAAGCAGCACCACCAACAACAAAUGGCGCACUUUCAACAGCAGCGAUGUCGCUGCUUCUCCCAGUCGCUGUUGAGUUUCCCCCAACCGAAGCAGGAGUUGCAGUUGCAGCAGCAGCAACAUUCGAACCCACAGCAACACCAAACCCCAGAGCAACACCAGAAGGUGGGCCAGGCAACCUCCCAGCAACCGGCAAUCUUUCACACCAGCAGCAUGGACUGGACGCUGCCAAUUAAUAGUCGCAGCUUUGGCAAUUUGGUGAACAUCGAUGGGCCCGGUGGCGGUAUUGGUACCGGUGGUUGCCGUGUGCCGUACCAGAAAAUGCCGGGGAGCUCAGUUGGUCCAGGUGGUCCGAUGGCCGCCUCAUCCACAUUCACCCUAACCUCCUUUGACAGCGAUAUCGGACAUGGCCUCAAAGAACGCGAGUCGCAGACAUCGCUCCACCAUCCACACACGCAUCCGCAUCCGCACACCCACUCGCAUCCGCAUCCGCAUCAUUAUCACGCCCAUGUGGGUGGUGCAGCGGUGGGCGGUGGGGUUGUGGGUGGAUCAAAUUCGGCCACGCCACAGAAACACCACCAGCUCCACUCGAGCGUCACGAGCAUCAUGCCAUGGAAGCACCGCCAGUGUCCCAGCAGGGGAUCCUCCAGCUCCGGCACGAAUUCGUUCCGAUUCGAUGCAGCCAAGCACUGGCUGGCCGUGAGCUCCAUCCUCCUGAUAAUUGGCGCUGCCAGUGUGGCCGUGCCACUGGCGUUACGUGUGGCAGCAAGUGCACCAUUUGAAGAGCGUUUGCGCGUGGCCGUUCAGCUUUUGGAUCAAGUGCCUUUAAUCGACGGGCAUAACGACUUACCCUGGAAUAUUCGCAAGUUCCUGCACAACAAACUCAACGACUUCAAUUUUGAUGAGGAUUUGCGCAAUGUUAUGCCCUGGGGUCGCAGCCAUUGGAGUCACACGGAUCUCACGCGACUGAAGAAGGGACGCAUAUCAGCACAGUUCUGGGCCGCCUAUGUCCCCUGUGAGGCGCAGCAUCGGGAUGCAGUGCAGCUGACUCUGGAGCAGAUCGAUGUGAUUAAACGGCUGACGGAUCGGUAUUCCCCGCAGCUGACCACCUGCACCUCCGCACAGGACAUUAUCGAUGCCCACAAGAAUCAGCAAUUGUGCUCCCUGACCGGCGUAGAGGGCGGUCACUCCCUGGGCGGAUCCUUGGCGGUACUGCGCACCCUGUACGCCAUUGGGGUGCGUUAUAUGACGCUGACCUCAACCUGCCACACCCCUUGGGCGGACUCGAGUUAUGCGGACGCGCCGACCUUCAACAUGAAACACGGCGGCCUCACCAUAUUUGGCAAGACAAUCAUCCGCGAAAUGAAUCGACUGGGGAUGAUGGUCGACCUGUCGCACGUCUCCAAGGGAACGAUGAGGGACGCCCUGGAGGUGAGCGAGGCACCUGUGAUAUUCUCACACUCCUCGGCCUACGAGCUCUGCAACACGAGCCGGAACGUCCAGGACGACAUCCUGCAGGCGCUGGCCAAGAACGGCGGCCUGGUCAUGGUCAACUUCUACUCGAAGUUCCUUUCCUGCAGCGACAACUCGACCGUGCACGAUGCAGUCGCGCAUAUUAAUCACAUUAAGCGAGUCGCCGGCAUCGAUCACGUUGGACUGGGCGCCGGCUACGACGGCAUUAAUUAUACCCCCAAAGGACUGGAGGAUGUAUCUUCAUAUCCGACUCUAUUUGCUGAACUUCUUGGAGGCGGUUGGACAAUUGAUGAACUGACGAAACUAGCUGGCGGUAAUUUUCUGAGGGUUAUGCAGCAGGUGGAAAAACUGAGGGAUGACAAGAAGGCGGCGGGCGUUAAGCCCUUCGAGGAUCAUCCAAAUUUCCGCACCGACGACCCCUACAAUUGUACAUCCAGCUAAUUGAGCACUGGACCCAAGAACACUGAGGUUGUACCAGAGAUGCCCGGGAAGUCCCCAAAGUCGUACGCAAAAUCGAUUGAACUCCUGCUUCAUAUGUAUAGUGAAUAAACUUAUGUAGCAAAUUUGACUAAAUUACAGCAUAGAUAUGUACGAUUUGAAUAAGCUUUAAAUAUGUAACUUUAAGAUAUAUUGAUAUUUUAAUGUCUGAUUAUUCGGUCUAAGAAAUAAUUUCCCCUAUUCCCCCCGGUAAUCAAAUCGAAUUACGUUUCAUUUUGGUGACAAUCUACAGACUGCCAAACAAGAAUAUACUUAACUAUAAAUUGCACAACAAACCCACACCAAUUUUCUGUAAAACUCAAUUAUUCUCUGUACCAAAUCAAUACAAACAGCAGACUUUGUUAACUCAUCUCCAACUGGACCAACAAAAACUUAAUUUCUUUUCCUGUGAAACUUUAAUUAUUCUAUUAAUUUACACGAAACCACAUAUCAAGUAUGUAAUAAACUAAGAUAUUAAAUUAUAUGGUAAACAUUUAAUUUUUUUUGCAUUCAAUUUCAAUGCAAAUACUUGUGAGUGGGAAAGCAUACACUUAAAAAAAUACUUAAGUAAAACAUUUAAAUAAAUUAAUAUUAGGAGGAAAAUUAAAUACUUUAGUUCCACCUAAGGGCGGGGCAUAAAUGAAAUGUUUAGUUUAAUUUUUUAGCAGUUUGAGGGCGCAAAACUGAAAGAAUGAAUAGCGUAAUAAAUACUAAAUUAGGGCGUAAGCAAAGUGUGGGCGUGGCACUGCCUGCUUCACAAUAAAUUGUACAUAGACUAGGUAUAGGACUAAGUUAUAAUUGAACACAUGAACAUAUAGGUGUCAUGAUUUUUCCGAAAUACAUAUUCCCCCUCUACACACCCAAAUAGAUCUCGUCGCUCUGUCAGUCAGUCUCUCUGUACCUUCUUAACGAAAAGAAAACCCAAGCAGAAAAAUCUAGUAAAAUGCAUCUAGCCUAAGUAAACAAAUUAUACAUACUAAACCAAUUAUUGCAAGCCGAAAACCAAA